AUGGCCCAGUCGCCCCUCCGCCGGGACCCCUGGGCGCUCCCGCCGGGCUGGAGCUGGGCCGGCCACGCCGACUCCGCGUCCCCCGCCUCCUCGUCCUCCGAGUCGUCGGGCUCGUCGUGCCCCCGCGCCCCGGCGGCCCCGGGCCGAGCGCGCCCCGCGCCCCGCGGCGGCCAGAGGCGCAGCGCCAGCGAGCGCGAGAAGCUGCGCAUGCGCACGCUGGCCCGCGCGCUGCUCCGGCUGCGCCGCUUCUUGCCGCCGUCCGUGGCGCCCGCCGGCCGGAGCCUCACCAAGAUCGAGACGCUGCGCCUGGCCAUCCGCUACAUCGGCCACCUGUCGGCCCUGCUGGGCCUGGGCGACUGUCCGGCCGCCGGCCCGCGGGCCCUGGCGCGCCCCCAAGGUCCGGGAUGCGGGGCGCCCGACGCGAAUCCCUGGGUGACGCCCCCGUACGGCCCCGCGGUGCGGUCGCCCCCACACCUGCCCCGCGACACCGCCCUUUGGACACUGCCCCAAGCGUGCGCGGGGACGCGGCCCUCCCCUGAGCCCGGGAACCAGGCCGUCCCCUGGACGCCACCCCCCGCGUCCCUGGAACUGGCCUCCACGUACCAGGAUAUUCCUGUUUCUCUGGAGCUCUCUCUGCUGCCCGAAACGUCUCCCCUGCGGCCCCGAAUGGCAUGCCAGAGCUUCGAGGAGGUCCCACCCGAGUGGCACUGCUGGGACCCCAGAGCUGAAGUGGACCAGGGACCUGGCCCCACCUUCCUGCUUGGGGACCAAAGCCAGCCCCAGAGCUCCGGCCUGCUACUCAGUGGCCGCCCUGAACUUUGGCCAGAAGAUUUGGAGGGGACCCAACUGGGCAUCUUCUACUGA